AUGUCCAGCAAAGCCAUGUGGGAGGUGGACCCGGAGACUCGAUCAAAGCUUCUCGAGAUUCAAAAGGUCAACGGCAACGACCGCUGCGCGGACUGCGGUGCCCCUUCCCCGCAGUGGGCGUCGCCCAAGUUCGGCGUCUUCAUCUGCCUCAGCUGCGCGGGUGUGCAUCGCGGGCUGGGUGUGCACAUCAGUUUCGUGCGGAGUAUCACUAUGGAUGCGUUCAAGGCGGUGGAGAUUGAGCGGAUGCGGUUGGGGGGCAAUGCGGUGUGGAGGGAGUUCUUUGAGAAGGCCGAGGGGAACGAGAUGGCGGGGAUUACUUGGGACGACGCCACGAUCGCAGAACGCUAUUCCGGCGAGGUAGGAGAGGAAUACAAAGAGCGGCUCUCUGCGAAAGUAGAGGGGAGAGAAUACGUCCCCGGCGCCAAGCCUCCGCCCUCGUCCAUCCCUCCCGCCAGUAGCACAACAUCCCGCUCCCAAACCCCCCUCGGCGCCCGCGCUUCUUCCCCCUCGCACUCGGGAGUAGCGGGCGGCAAAGUCAACGUGGACGAUAAAUACUUUGCCGGGCUCGGCGCUGCCAAUGCCUCUCGCUCCACAGAUCUCCCCCCUUCACAAGGUGGAAAAUAUGCUGGGUUUGGAAGCACGCCCAUAGUGGACGAGAGCGCGGAGGCGAAGUUGCCAGGCCUGGAUGAUCUGCAGCGGGAUCCUGUGGCAGCGCUGACGAAGGGAUUCGGAUGGUUUACGACGACGGUGGGGAAGACGGCGAAGACUGUGAACGAGGGGUACAUACAGCCGACGGCUAUGAAGGUAGCAGAAUCCGACCUCGCCGCCCAAGCCCGCAUCGCCGCCGCCAACGUGGCCAAAGGCGCGUCCGCGGGUGCCAAAAAUGCCGCAGACGGCUUCAAUCGCUUCGUAGAGGGGAAUGGCGCGGGUGGCGGUAGCGGGGGCAGUUAUAGGAGUGUGCCAAUUGAUGAGAGUAAGAAAGACUUCUGGGACAGCUUUGCUGAUGCGGGGGUUCAGAGGCAAGGGGGAAGUGCGAUUGGGACGAGUGCUGUGAAGAAGAAUGGUAGUGGAAAUGGAAAUGGUGGGGUGGCGAAGGGGAAGCUGGAUGAUGCGGAUUGGGAUAAGUGGUAG